UUAAAAAACCAGUUAAAGGUGCAAAAAAAUCUGGUGGAAAAGGUUUUAUUAAAGGUUUAGGUAAAGGUUUCCUUGGUCUUGUUGCAAGACCUGCAAGUGGUGUUGCAGAUUUAACAAGUUCAUCAUUUAAAUUAAUUAAAAGAGUUGCAGCACAUGAAGAAAUAAUUCAUCGUGUUCGUAAUCCACGUCAUGUUGGAAAAGAUGGAAUUGUUCGACCGUCAGUUGCUCAUGAAACCUUUGGAUCUUUUAUAUUUGAUCAAUUUCCUGAUGAUAAACAUCACACUACCGAAGGUUAUAUUGCACAUAUAAAUGCUACCAAAGAACCAUCUACUUUAUUUUUUGCUACAACAAAACGAAUAUUAUUUUUAACUGAAAAUCAAUCUUCAUCAUUUGGUUAUGAUAUUGAAUGGGAUUAUUAUUUAAAAGAAAUAAAAGGAAUACCAACUAUCAAAUUUGAUCCAAGUUUUAUUGAAAUAACUUUAAAAGAAACAAAUGUACUUGGUAUGACAAAAAAAGAUAGUUUACAUGUAAACGUUGUUCCAUAUGAAAAUAUCGGUGAAGCAAGAUAUAUUGUCGAUAAAAUUAUUGAAGUAAUGAAAGCAUUGGAAGUCUAA